AUGACUGACCCAGGCUUUCAGCCUCAAGAGUACGUAGUCAAUGACGUCUUCGAUACCCGUGUGUCGAAGUCUCGGCGCAUGUACGUGAAGGAGUACAAGAAGAUCGGCGAGGGUGCAUUCGGCACAGUUGUUGAGGCCAUGGUGGCCGAGGUGGACGAAAACGGUCAACAGAAGGAGAACCCAUUUGGUCCCUUUGCUAUCAAGCGCGUUUUGGCCCAGACCGAGUACAAGUGCCGUGAGUUGGAGAUCUUGCGCCUGGUGAUCCACCCCAACAUUGUGCGCUUGCGGUAUUUUUUCGACCGCAAGAGUCGAACAGAUGGAAAGAUCUAUCAAAACUUGACCAUGGAGUGUUUGCCCUCCAACUUGCAAAACGAAAUUAAAUAUUACCGUGGCUCUAGAUACACCAUUCCAUACCCCCACAUGAAGGCAUAUACAUUCCAAUUGGCCCGUGCCAUGAUGUACUUGCAUGGCUUCAGCAUUUCCCACCGUGACAUAAAACCAUCGAACAUCUUGGUGGAUCCAUCCAAAGUGAAAUUGAAGAUCUGCGAUUUCGGAAGCGCUAAGCAAUUGGAGCCCAACGCCCCCUCUGUGAGCUACAUCUGUUCUAGAUACUACCGUGCCCCAGAAUUGAUUGUUGGAUGCACUGUUUACACUACCAAGAUUGACAUCUGGGGUCUCGGGUGCGUUAUUGCCGAGAUGUUCCUCGGAAAGCCAAUAUUCCAAGGGCUGACAUCUGAACUACAACUCAAAGAAAUCUCCAAAUUGUUGGGUCCCCCUCCAAACACAUUCUUUUUCAAGAGCAAUCCUCAGUACCACGGAAACAUGUUUUCCACGAAACUUUUCACUUGCUCUGUACAAGAGCGGUUUAAGCUGAUCUUCUGCAACUCGCCAGAUGAUGUCAUUGACUUGUUGCUCAAGGUCCUUGUCUACGACCCUGAGUUCCGUGCCACCGCAGCCUCUGUUUUGGUGCACCCAUUCUUUGAUGAGCUAAAAGAGAGUAAUUUCCACGUAUACCCCCGUGGCUCCAGUGAGCCUCUCAGAAUGGAUCUCUAUGAUUUCAGCGAAGUAGAGCUUAAUUUCAUGGGCGAUUUGAAGCAAAAACUCCUUAGCCGGCCUUAA